AUGUCAUUUUAUGUCACAUCUCUCCGUCCGUAUCGACGAUGCACGACGUAUAGGUUGCUCGCCCUUGUCCGACCGGAUACCGGAUCUGUCAUCCGCUUGAACACCAGCAGAACCACGCCGCGGAGCGUCCAUUUGUGGACGCGUAUCUACCUGUCUGUAACCCACCUCGCAAUAGCGCCAGGGGCAAGCAACCCUCUCUCAACCACGCUAGAUAAGAGUGAAUCGCCACUGGCUCAGCAGGGAGAUGGCGGCCCCCCCCCCACCCCCUCAUGUUCUCAAAAUGGGGACCCCUUUCGAAUGUCGCCCAUUCAUUUCUGUGUACUUCCAUCUCCGCCUCACUCUCUUCCUUCACCUCUCCAAUCUCGUCCUCCCCUCUCCCUUCCAUCUCUCCCCGCUGACCCUAACACCUUGCCUUACUCCCCUCUCCACCCUUACCCCACUCUACCUUACUCCCCUCUCCACCCUUACCCCUCUCUGCCUUACUCCCCUCUCCACCCUUACCCCUCUCUGCCUUACUCCCCUCUCCACCUCACCCCUCUCUGCCUUACUCCCCUCUUCCCCCUCACCCCUCUCUGCCAUACUCCCCUCUCCACCCUUACCCCUCUCUGCCUUACUCCCCUCUCCAACUCACCCCUCUCUACCAUACUCCCCUCUCCACCCUUACCCCUCUCUGCCUUACUCCCCUCUCCACCCUUACCCCUCUCUGCCUUACUCCCAUCUCCACCUCACCCCUCUCUGCCAUACUCCCCUCUCCACCCUUACCCCUCUCUGCCUUACUCCCAUCUCCACCUCACCCCUCUCUGCCAUACUCCCCUCUCCACCCUUACCCCUCUCUGCCUUACUCCCCUCUCCAGCCUCUUUCCCAAGAGAACUACACCAUCUUGCACCUAG